AUGGGUGUCCUCUCGCUCGUCGAGGACCGGCCCACGCCCAAGGCCGUCUACAACUGGCGCGUCUACGCCUGUGCCUGCAUCGCCUCGUUCGCCUCGUGCACCAUCGGCUAUGACAGCGCCUUCAUCGGCACCACCCUGUCGCUGCCCUCGUUCGUCGACGAGUUCGGCUUCGAGUCGAUGAGCAAGGACCACCUAGCUCUAGUCAAGGCGAACAUCGUCUCCGUCUACCAGGCCGGCGCCUUCUUCGGCUCGCUCUUCGCCUACAUCAGCAGCUACUUCUUCGGCCGCCGCAUCUCCCUGCAGCUCUUCUCGCUGAUCUUCAUCGUCGGCGCCGGCAUGAUGUUGGGCGCCAAUGGCGACCGCGGUCUCGGCCUCAUCAUCGGCGGCCGUGUUCUGGCCGGCGUCGGCGUCGGCGGCGCCUCCAACAUGACCCCCAUCUACAUCUCGGAGCUUGCCCCGCCCGCCGUCCGUGGCCGUCUUGUCGGCAUCUACGAGGCUGGCUGGCAGAUCGGCGGCCUUGUCGGCUUCUGGAUCAACUAUGGACUGAGCGAGACCAUGGCCCCGAGCCACACUCAGUGGAUCAUCCCUUUCGCCGUCCAGCUCAUCCCCGCCGGCCUGCUGCUGUUCGGAAGCGUCUGGAUCCGCGAGUCUCCGCGCUGGCUCUUCCAAAAGGGCAGGCGCGAGGAAGCCAUGCGCAACUUGUGCUGGAUCAGGAACCUGCCCGCCGAUGACCUGUACAUGGUCGAGGAGGUCGCUUUCAUCGAUGCCGCCCUUGAGGAACAGCGUUCCAGCAUCGGCAUUGGCUUCUGGAAGCCGUUCCAGGCUGUCGGCCGCUCCAAAAAGGUCCAAUGGCGCUUUUUCCUCGGUGGGAUGCUCUUCCUGCUCCAAAAUGGAAGUGGCAUCAAUGCGAUCAACUACUACUCUCCUACGGUCUUUAAGUCCAUUGGACUUGAUGGGACAAACGCAUCUUUCCUCACAACCGGGAUUUUCGGCGUUGUCAAGACCGUUGUCACCUUCAUCUGGCUCUUCUUCCUUGUCGAACAAGUUGGACGUCGGCUUAUGCUUCUCAUCGGCUCCAUCGGCGGAUCGGCUUGCAUGUGGUUCAUUGGCGCCUAUAUCAAGCUCGCCGGUGUCAACUCAAGCAGUGCCACUACGAACUCGGGCAAAGGCCUUAGCGGUGGUGGCAUCGCCGCAAUGUUUUUCUUCUAUCUGUGGACUGCGUUCUACACUCCUUCUUGGAACGGUACACCUUGGAUCUUGAACAGCGAGAUGUUCGACGGAAACACCCGUUCCCUCGGUCAAGCAUCUACGGCGGCGAACAACUGGUUCUGGAAUUUCAUUAUCAGCCGCUUCACGCCUCAGAUGUUCCUCACCAUGGAGUACGGCGUCUACUUCUUCUUCGCCUCUCUCAUGAUCCUCUCGGCCCUCUUCGUCUACUUCCUCAUCCCGGAAACCAAGGGUGUCCCGUUGGAGGCCAUGGACCGCCUCUUUGAGAUCAACCCUAAGAGCAGAGCCCACUCUACCAUCAUCAAGGAACUUAGAGAGCAGGAGGAGAGCUUCAGAAAUGACGCUGUUGGUGCUGGUCUUACUACGGAGAAGACUAAGCAGGAAUUCCUUGAGAAGGUGGAUAGUAAUGUCUGA